AUUAUAUAUAUAUAUUGCUUUAUAUAUGUACAUAUAUACACACUACAUAGACACUCGCGCGUUUGUGGGUUUCAAUCCUGUACUCUUCUAUUUUGUUCCGUUCGCGAGCGCACGACGUACAUAUAUACGCGUUAUUAAUUUAUUACGGUUAAAAUGAACCGCUGCCAUGGUUGACGCAGUUUAUCGCGGUAACAUCGACGAAUUGCUGUCUGUGAUUAACCACCUGAAGAAAUACAUAAUCGCAUUCAUAAUCGUUCUGCUAGUUCUGUUAUCGGUGUUUCAUUUCUCCAAGUUUUCAGUACACGUCGUGCCGCUGAUCAUCGUCACGUUAGUGCUGUUGCCGGCCGUCUACUACACGACCGUUCUCGUUCUGAAGUUUAGCACCAACGUAAUUGCUUCGAAUCAAGCCGGAGAAGUCUCGACAAUGAACUCCAACAACAACCAACAAGUUUUAAAAACUCCCGAUCUCCCGUAUCCAAACAGCCCGACCCCACCACCAACGUACGAGGAAGCAACGCGGAAUGAUCAUUACUAUCAACCACAAUCGUGGUUGCCUUCAACGAGUAGUGGGUAUACCAGUAGUGGCCAGUCGACAGUACCCGCUGUUUUCAGUGUCGAAUAUCAGUACAACGAUACCAUACCAAAUGUCAAUAGUGGAAGACCGGCUACGACUAAGCCCACAACCAUACCUAAUCAGAUCCAAGACAAUUAUACGUCGUCGCAUAAGACAACGAUCCAAAACAUUCCCAGCGUGACCAUAACUUUGGACAGCGAUCAACAUCAAACUGAAAUGUAAUAAAAUAAUAAUAGCUGAGUCUAAUAUCGAGUGUCCACAUUCAAAUUUAUUGAAAAUUUAGGAUUAUUAAGACAUUCAAGAUAAAUAAGAUACAUCGAAUCAUUUGAAUUGUUAGGAUAAUCUAGAGAAUUUGAAUAGUUGGAUUUUUCAGCUCUUAAAGUUUUUAACUAUUAAAUCAUUUAAUUGCAUUAUUAUGAUUAUCUAGGCAUCA